UGCAGAGCAGGAGGGAGCAGAGCUGCGUCCGGGUUUCUCUUACUAGAGCUGCGUCCGGGUUUCUCUUACUAGAGCUGCGUUCUCACCACUGCUCCUCUGAGGCUGCGCGGACACACACCGACCACAACACACCGCUGCCAUCACUUCUCCUGCAUUACUUAAUCACAAGGUGACAGGAGGAGAGAAGAGAAGCACUGAAGCCACAUAUGAGGAUUUGCUGCUGUGACAGUUCUCAGCUGCUGCCCCUGGUUUCUUCUUCUCCACCUGCACUUGUAUGAGUCCAAGACUCGGGUAGUCACCGUCGACAUGAGAGCGCAAAUAGAGGUCAUUCCCUGCAAAAUCUGUGGGGACAAAUCAUCAGGGAUUCACUAUGGCGUCAUCACCUGUGAAGGCUGCAAGGGUUUCUUCCGACGUAGCCAGCAGAACAAUGCUAUGUACUCCUGCUCACGUCAGAGAAACUGUCUCGUUGACCGGACCAACCGUAACCGCUGCCAGCACUGCAGGUUGCAGAAGUGUCUUGCUCUGGGCAUGAGCCGUGAUGCUGUGAAGUUCGGUCGAAUGUCCAAAAAACAGCGUGACAGCCUGUAUGCAGAGGUCCAGAAGCACCAGCAGUCCCAGGAGUGCGCGGGCCUCGCCGCCCUCGAGGACAAUGGCGACAUGGCCGACCUCACCUGCCCCUACAGGAGGGGCUCAAGCACUGCACUCAGUGAUCUGGACGACAUCACCACGCUGCAAGGAGACCUACUUUUCGACCUGCCGCUGACCCCGAGGGACGCAGGUGGUGACUUCUGUAACCUGGACAUGCUGGGUGGCAGCGCAGGCAGCAGUUCAUCCUCUCAGAGUUCACCAGAACAGACCAACUUUGACUUUGUAGACAGCAACCUCGGCAUCAAGCAUGAGUACCAGCUUUUGCACGACUCUGGACUCUUCUCACACGCUAUCCUCAACCCGCUGCCGGGGGGCUGCUCCCUGCUUGAAAUUGAGUGUAUAACUCAGAGUGUGGUCAAGUCCCAUAUCGAGACAAGCCAGUACAGCACAGAGGAGCUGAAGAGAAUGGCGUGGACCUUGUAUAACCCAGAAGAGACACGCUCAUAUCAGACAAAGUCAGCGGAGGUGAUGUGGCAACAAUGUGCCAUUCACAUCACCAACGCAAUCCAGUACGUCGUGGAGUUUGCCAAGCGCAUCUCUGGCUUCAUGGACCUGUGUCAGAACGAUCAGAUUAUCCUCCUCAAAGCAGGCUGCAUGGAUGUUCUUCUGAUCCGCAUGUGUCGGGCCUACAACCCCAUCAAUAACACUCUGCUCUUCGAUGGAAAGUUUGCUACUCCUCAGUUUUUCAAAGCUCUCGGCUGUGAUGACCUCGUGAACGCAGUGUUUGACUUUGCCAAAAGCCUGAGCCGCAUUCAGAUGUCCGAGGAGGACAUGGCUCUCUUCAGUGCUGCUGUGCUGCUCUCACCAGACCGACCCUGGCUCACAGAUGUCCAAAAGAUACAGAAGUUGCAGGACAAAGUCUACGUGGCUCUGCAGCGCUGUCUACAAAAAGAGGGGGCAUCAGAAGAGAAACUAGCAAAGAUGGUGUCCAGGCUCCCAAUAAUGAAGUCGAUUUGCCACCUCCACAUCGACAAACUGCAGUUUUUCCGCCUGGUGCACCGGGAGACAGCGUACACGUUUCCUCCUCUGUACAGGGAGGUGUUUGGCAGUGAAAUCACCUUUCCAGACUCCACGGAGGGUUAGAGCUGUUCACCCUUGUAGCUUGAUUCAAAUAUAAACGCUGAGGUUUAGGGAGAGGGGAGAUUAAAAAAAUGCGGCAACCAGCUGAGGCAAAAUCGAACCAGCAGCUCAAUGACAAUCCUGCACGCUACACUUGAGGACACGCUCCUCUCACCUCUUAACUCCCGACCUUGUGGAGUAGCUUACACUGCCCGGCGAGCCAGUCCCUUCAGAUUGGACGCACAACUACAGGAACGGCUGCUGGCUUCUCAGUGCAUGUUACCUCUUCUUUUUUUUUUAGGGAGUUAAAGGAAAUGAUUAAAUAGCAGCCUAUCAUUUGUAUUCUCAAAACUAUUUUUCUAUGAGGAGACCUUAAACCUCUCGUCGAGUUAAAUUUCUUUGUAAUAUGAAUUUGACUUCUAUUGUUCUCACAGUUCUAGUAAGCUAUUUUUGAAUGUACCCCCUUUCCCUUUUACCGCUCAGCACAGCCCUAGGCUCGAUGUAGAAUGUACAUACUUAAAAUCCUCACCCUCUCUGUGGAGGUUUUGCAGUAACAAUGCUUGUUUCAGUCGUCAGUCUCGUAACAGUGUAUCACUUCAUUCAAUAUUCUUUCGGUAGUGCCCAUAUUUGUGCAGUUUUGUAACGUCUGAACAAACUGUUUAAAGGGACCAUGAUCAAACUCACAAGCAGAUAGGUUUUUAAACUGGGUGAAUCGCGGGCAAACCUUCAGUGUCUGCCGCCAUGCACCUACAAACGCUUGCACAAAGAGCGCAAAACAGAGCACUUAUGCUGAUCUUGUUGGUAUUUCUACGAGCACACCCUUCAGACACUGCGGGGAGCUCUUUAUUUUUUUAAUGCAAUCAGUGACCUCAGUCCUUAAACCUUUUCCCUUUGCAAAUGCCACUUAGAGAGCAAGAGAAAAGCAGAGGUAUUGUGAAAGUAUUUUCCGAUGUUCCUGUUUUUAUAUAUAUAUAAACACUACUAUAAUCAUGUAAGGUUAGAGCAGGGAGGAUUUCACACAGAUCGAAGAGGAGGUGCUGGGCAGCCAACCACUGCGGGGCUGUGAGCAUCUGGAGUUGUCGCUACUCAGGCCCCCUCCGCAGAGGCCAAAAUACCUCUCAACACCAGCAGAGUAAAAGAAGUAAUGGGGGGGACGUUGGUUGGUGAAAUGUGGCGGUUUUAUUCACCUACACGGUUGAAAACGGGGCAAAGAAGAGAGAGUGGGCAGUUGGGUGUUAUUUUAAGCUCCUUGGAUGAGAGUUAGAGGGGAUUUACUGUCUUUCUCACUCUCAACUCUCACUGCUGCUGGGUCGGGCAGAUUGUGCUGCUGCAGGCGGCCGAGAUGUUCUGAUUGGAGAAAUAAAUCCUCUAUUCCUUAUUCCCCACUCCCUGACUACCUCACCCUCUUCAAACACUACGCAGCACAGGAAAGGGUUUACAGAGCCAUCAGCUACCCCCCUGAGUUAGUAUCUCUGCAUUCAUACAAGAGAGCUUCUUCAAAAAUGUACAAUUAGUGGUGAGUUUUGAAGGCCAGUGAAGACUAAAUGAUCCUAAAAUACUUCAUUUUGCUUUUGAAAACUGGACAGAAGACAAAAUCAGACUAAAACACUAUCUUUUUACACUGAGUGGUUUUCUUUCAUGUGACAGGAGUUCAAAUCUUUAUAUCCAGGAAACGCGUAGACACAGGAUUGAAAUCUCUGGAGAUGCAUGAGGUGUGUACAGAUGAAACGUCUGGGGGACACAUUGCGUUUCUGUAAAACUACGUUGUACUGCCAGUUUACUAAAGACACUCUGAAAAAAGAAUAGAUUUAUUGUGAGAAAACACUGCUGUUAAGACAAUCACCUGGACCAAUGUUGGAAGUCUAGCUUUAUUUAAUAUUUCUGCCAGGUUGUCUUUGACAGUGCUUUUCACCACACAUCAAGUUGUCUCACACAGCACGAAGGGGUAUUCACCUUUGUUUUUUUUCUGGGUACAUAAAACAGUGGCAUGUUGGGAUUGUGCAAUAACCUCUUUCCCAUUGUUCUAAGUGUGAUGGGGCGUUGUUUCUAUGUAUGACAGUUAAUAUUUUCACAAGCACUCCAGCACAGUCAAAUCAUUUAGAGUAUAACGUACCAAAUACACAGCCAGCUUCUUCGCAGGUCUACAUGACACUUAACAGUGUGACAGAGUGCAAUACUUUGUGUGUUAAGUCAGAGAAUGUUAGAAAUGCUGAUUUCUAAAGACUCAGUGUACUUGAUGGGUUGUUUUUUUUAUCUGCAGGCCUAAGAUAUGUCCAGGGGGGAGUAAUGAAGAUCUACAAUACAUUUCCGUUUUAGAUUUACUCAGGGAGAUAGCUGGGCUCUCUGUCCUACAGUGUCUGCUGUUCUUCUAGCUAUAGCAAGACACCUCGCACCAACGUAGAAGACCUUAAAACCUUGAUCACUGUGUACAGUACCUGUUCUUGUGAAUGUUCGCUUACAGAGGUAUCAAAGAUUUAACCCCUGUCUGAUAUCGUUAUAUUUUUUUUUUUUCAGUCAAUAGGAUAAUAGGAAAAGUAAAUAUAAAAGAUGGAUUAUAAUCUCUGAAUUUUGUGUUGGUUUUGUUGUGAUCUUUUUUGUUUCCUUAUUGUAUCCUUGUAUGUACUGCUUGUUUUGUUUUAUUUUUGUUCCUCAUCAUUUUAGUGUCCUUGUCUUGGAGAGAUGUAAUUCUAUUUUUUUUUAAAGAGCGUUUUUUAAAGAUGUCUCUCUAAAAGUUUUUCUUUAGACAUGAUCCUUCUGUUUAUGUUUUCACUCUGUAAAGAUUAUUAUUAUUAAAACAAUAUAGAUUUUAAUAAGAAAUAAUUUAUAUGUCAUGGAUAUAAAGCCCAAGAGGUUUUAACACAGUUGCGUGUUAUUGCACAAUGGUGAUACAAUAUGUGGAUUUAAGAAUGUAAUAAAGUCUUUUUACAUUUAAAGUA